GAAACAUCGAGAAUGAACCACCAGCUGCCACUUUCUUAACAAUACCAUACCAUCCUGUCCAUCCUCACCCUCCAGUCCAAGCUCCGUGCCCGCAUAUAUCAACGCCCAUGGACCUUGCGACAACAGCCAUCGUGACUGCACGGAUUGAGAAAGCCGGGCACGGCGACCGGCCAAGAUGGCACGACAGCCGAAUAAUCCAAAAGAUGCGGAAGUCGGCCGGGGAACUGUGCCGCACGCCCCCGGGUUACGUCACGGCCGCCUUCGUGUGCUCGCUUGGCGGCUUCAUCUUCGGCAUCGACACCGGCAUCAUUGGACCCGUCACGGUGAUGAGCGACUUUAAGCAUUACGUCGGCAAUCCCUCGCCCACGGUCCACGGCGUCAUCGUUUCCUCCAUCCUCAUCCCCGCCGCCGUUUCCUCUUGCUUUGCCGGCCGGCUCGCCGACGCCUUGGGCCGGUCACGGGCCAUUGUAAUCGGGUCCUUGAUCUUCGCCCUGGGCGCUGCCUUGGAAGCGGGCUCGGUCCAUAUCGCCAUGUUUAUCCUGGGCCGCGUCGUGGAAGGUGUGGGCGAAGGCCUCUAUUUUGGCACCUUAAUCGCCUACAUCUGCGAAAUAUCCCCGCCCCGCUACCGCGGCGCGCUCACGACGGCGCCACAGCUGCUCACGACGAUCGGUAUCGUCACGGGCUUUUUCACCUGUUACGGAACCGUCGAAAUCCCCACGUCUCUCUCGUGGCGCCUGCCGUUCGCGCUGCUCGCCGUGUACGCCUUCAUUUUUGCCGCCGUCGUCUUUGCCUGGCUGCCGCCCUCGCCGAGGUGGCUCUCCCUCCAGGGCCGCGUCGACGAGGCCGAGCGGGCCUGGGAGAAGCUCGGAGUCGCCCACGCUGAUCGCGAGAAGAUCAUGAACCAAAUGGACGCCUCAGUUGGUGCGCCCGAGGCCGCCCCGACCGAAAGGGGAACGCGACGGGCACCGCCGACCACGGGGAGGGACAAGCUGCUCGACGUUUUCUCGCCCGACGCACGUAUGCGUUUCCUCAUGGCCGUUUUCCUCAUGGGCAUGCAGCAGCUCAGCGGCAUCGACGGCGUCCUCUACUAUGCCCCGUUGCUCUUCCAACAAGCAGGCAUCAACACGGACCAGUCGACAUUCCUGGCCUCGGGGGUCUCGGCCAUUGUCAUCUUUGGAGUUACGAUUCCCGCCACUAUCUACGCCGACCAGUGGGGGCGACGUAUCAGUACGAUUCUAGGCGGGCUAGCAAUGACUGCGACGAUGUUCCUAAUGGGUGGCCUCUAUGCUGGGGGCGCCGUUGAGGGCGCCGGACGAUGGGUUGUCAUCGUUUGCAUCUACUUGUUUUCUGUCCUUUAUUGCAUAUCCUGGGCCGUGAGCAUAAAGCUCUAUGCCGCCGAGAUCCAGCCCCAGCGGACCCGUGCAAGUGCUACGAGUAUCGCCCACGGCAGUAACUGGAUUACCAACUUCCUGGUGGCAUUGUUUACGCCGUCCCUGUUGGCCAAUUCGAGUUAUGGUGCUUACUUUUUGUUUGGGGCUUGUACUCUUUUCACUGCCCUAGUAUGCUGCGUGUUUAUGCCCGAGACGAGGGGAAAGAGUCUGGACGAGAUUGAUCAGGCGUUUCACGGCCGGAGCCCGCAGGCUGCGCUGAAGCGCCUGGUUGGGAAAUUGAAGGGAGGACCGAGUGGACGCGUCGGGCCGAUUCUUGAGGGACAGAACACAUCAGACUCAAGCGGCGCAAUCGGGAGCAAAGCGCAGCAAGUGGCCUGAGAGAAGUGCUGCAGGAAAAAAAGAACGAGUCCAAACAAGCUUUCGGGUUUUAACACGGACCCAAUUGCAUGUAAUUUCAAAAGUGAGCUGGAGAAAACCUGGAUCACGAGCUUUGAUGCACAAAAAGCCGAAACUGGUGGCGUGAUUCACAGUAACAGAGACGGAUGUAGGUACCUUAGGCAAAACGAGAUAUCUAUAUUAUUAGAAAAGCUGCCAGCAA